UCCAGUAAUUCACUUUGUGUUUUUGGUUAGAGAAAAGAAAAGAAGAUGUCUUCGGAAGAUAGGCAAGAACUUGACGCCAGGGCAAGGCAAGGAGAGACUGUUGUUCCUGGUGGUACAGGAGGAAAGAGUCUUGAAGCUCAGGAACAUCUUGCUGAGGGGCGUAGCCGAGGAGGGCAAACAAGGAGGGAGCAGCUAGGGACUGAAGGUUACCAGGAGAUGGGAAGCAAAGGAGGGCAGACGAGGAAGGAGCAGAUCGGUACUGAAGGUUACCAGGAGAUGGGAAAGAAAGGUGGGUUGAGCACCAUGGAACAGUCUGGUGGUGAACGUGCGGAACAAGAAGGCAUCGAUAUUGACGAGUCUAAGUACCGUACUCGAAGCCAGCCCAACUAA